AUGGCUAUCAAGACAAAGCUUACAGAGGCGACGGGUAUCAGAAUCCCUGUGGUUCAGGGAGGGAUGAUGUGGGUUGGACGCGCGGAGCUGGCAAGUGCGGUGUCGAACGCAGGCGGACUCGGCAUCCUCACUGCCCUCACUCAGCCCACCCCUGAAGACCUGAGAAAGGAGAUUCGCAGGUGUCGCACCAUGACUGACAAGCCGUUCGGCGUCAACCUGACCCUCCUCCCUGCCCUCAUCCCCCCAGACUACCCCGCCUAUUGCAAAGUCAUCAUCGAAGAGGGCAUCAAAAUCGUUGAAACAGCCGGUAACAACCCAGGCCCCGUUAUCAAAACCCUUAAAGGAUCCGGAAUCUUCAUUAUCCACAAAUGUACCGCAAUCCGACAUGCGCUCAGUGCGCAGAAGUUGGGUGUAGAUAUGUUGAGUAUUGAUGGGUUUGAGUGUGCGGGACAUCCGGGUGAGGACGAUGUGACUGGGUUAAUUUUGUUGGCAAUUGCAGCGAGAAAGUUGAAGGUGCCGUAUAUCGCGAGUGGUGGGUUCGGGGAUGGACGUGGUCUUGCCGCGGCGUUGGCGCUUGGUGCUCAAGGGAUCAACAUGGGCUCCCGCUUCAUGGCGACUGCUGAAGCACCCAUCCAUCCCAACAUCAAGCAAUCCAUCGUCAAAGCCGACGAACGCUCUACCGCUCUCCUCCUCCGCUCAUACCGCAAUACGACGAGGAUGUACAAGAACGAGGUCGCCAAAGAAGUCGUCUCCCGCGAGAACCAGGGUGUCAAGUUCGAGGGUGUUCGUGAACUUGUUGCCGGUGCGAGAGGUAAGAGGGUGUAUGAGGAGGGUGAUGACAAUGCGGGUGUGUGGACGAUGGGUCAGGUUGCAGGUCUUAUCGAUGAUGUGCCGACUUGUCAGGUCUUGUUGGAGAGGAUUGAGAGAGAGGCGGAGGAAAUCAUCGCUGGUAAUGCCAAGAUGUUGGUUGGCAGUGGAGGAAAGGCGAAACUCUAG